CGCUUGCCGCUAAAAAUGUUGUUGAAGAACAAUGAAAGAUCGUUAAAAUUUAAAUCAUUAAUUCAUAGUGCGAUCGAAGAAAUUAGAUUGAUAAAACUUGAGAAUACAAAAUAUAAAUGGAAAGAAAACAAUCUUUUAAGCAUGGUUGCAAAUCUUAAAUCAAGGAACAGCGAACUGGAAAAAAACACUGCUGAAUGUGAAAAACAACUACGCAUAGCUCAAGUAACACUGAGUGAUUUAAAAACAAAGAUCGAAAAGGAAGAAAUAGCGCCACUUAAAAAUGAUUACGAACAGUUGAAAGAAGCUAGAAAAAAUGAACUAGAAGCAUUGAAGAAUGCUAAUGUAAAAAUUGAAAAGCAAGACGAAGAACUGUUACAACUGCGGUCUAAGUAUUCAGCAUUACGUAUUAAAAAAAAUAAGUUAAGCAAUUUGCUAAAACAACAAAUGCAAACUAAAGUCUUCGAAAAUGAUAUCGACAACAACAAAACUAUGAAGAUGAAGUUAAAAGAAGAGUGUUUGCUAUUAGUGACUGAAAUAGAAGCAAAAAACUCUGAGAUAGCAGAAGAGAAAAAAUGCACUGAAUCAAUAAAAAUCAUACUGCAAGAUGUUGAAAUACAAAACAUAAAAUUGGUAAAACAACUUGACAAGUUUCGGUCUACGGAAAAGGCUUUAAAGAAUUCAAUUUGCAGCUUGGAAAGUAUAAACAAGACAAACGAACAAAAAAUUAAAGAUUUAGAAGAACAAAUUAAAUACGAACGGGCAGCUCUGAAUAAGUCUACACAACAGUGCCAAUUGUUGGUUAAAAAAAUAAGUCAUGAACUUGAGUUAACACGAUGCGAUUUGGUAGAACGACGAAAAGAGGUAUUACAACUUAAACAGGAUAGUCUGGCAAAAGAUUUUACUUUUCAAGAAAUCAAAUAUACAAUGAUAAAAACUGGCGCAGUAUAUAAACAAAUAGAGAACGAAGAAGAAAAUUCAAAAAAUUCAUAA